AGCAACGCUAAUCGUGAUUAAUUAUCCAAACAAAAGAGUUAGCUCCGCUUCUCUCUCUGUCUCCCAAUUACCUUUGACUUCCACUUUCCCGUUCCCCGUCUCAAAAGAAUCCUUUUUCGUAUUUUCUCUUUUCUUUCUCAAAUCUCUCUCUUUCUCCCUUUCUCUACAUCCGGCUCUCUGUGUGUAGAAGAACAUAAGAAGAAGACGACGGGAGCAAACAGUCUCAUAGAAACACCUCUACAGUACCAAUCUUUUUCUUCUUCGCCAUCGCCGUCGAUUUUCACCAUCAUCUUCAUCGGAAGCAGCUCUCCAAUCUGCAAUCGCUAGGGUUUUUGUAUUUUUGUUAAUGUUAAAUUCCACACUGUGUCCGACUUCCUGCAAUCGCGCGGCAAUCGGAGACAUCUGAAGAGCUCUUCUGAGUCCUUUGUCGUAGUUUGCAAAUCCCGCUGCUCACCGGAGUUCCGCAAUGCACCGAGUGGGUAGUGCAGGGAACACAAAUAGUUCUGUUCGUCCGCGUAAAGAGAAGAGGCUUACAUAUGUGCUGAAUGAUGCAGAUGAUACCAAGCAUUGUGCUGGUGUAAAUUGUGUGACUGUGCUAAAGUCAUCAUCUUCCGGGAGAGAUUACCUUUUCACUGGGAGUCGUGAUGGCACAUUGAAGAGGUGGGCAGUGUCUGAAGAUUCUGCUACUUGUUCUGCUACAUUUGAGUCACAUGUUGAUUGGGUGAAUGAUGCUGUCCUUGCAGGGGAAAAUACCCUUGUCUCAUGUUCUUCAGAUACUACUCUUAAGACUUGGGAUAGCUUGUCCAAAGGAACUUGUACAAGAACUCUCCGACAGCACUCUGACUAUGUUACACGCCUUGCUGCAGCAGAAAGAAAUAGCAAUGUAAUUGCUUCCUGUGGCCUUGGUGGAGAGGUUUUCAUAUGGGAUAUUGAAGCUGCACUCACUCCAGUUUCAAAGUCAAGUGACGCAACUGAAGAUGAGGGCUCAAAUGGGGUAGGUGGUUCUGGUAAUUCGUUGCCUAUGACAAGUUUACGGCCCAUUAGCUCAAGCAACAGUAUUACUUCGCACAACACUCAGUCCCAUGGGUAUGCGCCAACUGUUGCAAAAGGCCAUAAGGAGUCGGUAUAUGCAUUGGCAAUGAAUGAUACUGGAUCAGUUCUUGUAUCGGGUGGAACAGAGAAGGUUGUGCGUGUUUGGGACCCAAGGAGUGGUUCAAAGACCAUGAAGCUAAGAGGUCAUACUGAUAACAUUAGAGCUUUGCUUCUAGAUUCUACUGGCAGGUUUUGCUUAUCAGGGUCUUCUGAUUCAAUGAUCAGACUAUGGGAUCUCGGUCAACAAAGAUGUGUACAUUCUUAUGCGGUGCAUACUGAUUCUGUUUGGGCCCUGGCCAGCACCCCUACAUUUAGUCAUGUUUAUAGCGGCGGGCGAGAUCUUUCUUUGUACUUAACAGACUUGGCGACUAGGGAAAGUAUUCUGCUCUGUUCAAAGGAGCACCCCAUCGUACAAUUGGCUCUACAUGACGACAGUAUAUGGGCUGCAACUACCGACUCUUCAGUUGAUAGGUGGUCGGCAGAUGGACGAAAUCCCCAAAAGGUUUUUCAGAAAGGCGGUUCAUUCUUGGCUGGGAACUUGUCAUUUUCUCGGGCAAGGGUUUCUCUUGAAGGGUCUACACCGGUGCCUGUUCAUAGGGAACCCACCCUGACGAUUCCAGGAACUCCUGCGAUAGUGCAGCAUGAGAUUUUAAAUAAUAAGAGACAUCUAUUGACCAAGGACACUGCUGGUUCGGUUAAGCUAUGGGAGAUCACAAAGGGCGUGAUAGUGGAGGACUAUGGGAAGGUGCCGUUCGACGAGAAGAAAGAGCAAUUAUUUGAGAUGGUAAGCAUUCCUUCAUGGUUCACUGUGGAUACGAGGCUUGGAUGCUUGUCAGUGCAUCUGGACACUCCGCAAUGCUUUUCAGCUGAGAUGUAUUCAGCAGACCUCAGCAUUCCCGGGAAAGCUGAAGAUGAUAAGGUUAAUCUGGCCCGUGAAACCCUUAAAGGACUGUUGUCUCAUUGGUUAUCCAAAAAAAAGCAAAGAGUUGGAUCUCAAGCUUCUUCUAAUGGCGAGGUUCUUCCUGGCAAGGAUAUCACUUCUAGAAGCCUUGCCAAUUCCAGAGUUGAGGUAGAUGGCAGUGCUGAGAAUGACUCCAUCAUAUAUCCUCCAUUUGAGUUUUCCACAGCUUCUCCCCCUUCAAUUAUAACCGAGGGCUCUCAAGGGGGUCCAUGGAGAAAGAAAAUCACUGAUUUGGACGGAACAGAAGAUGAGAAGGAUUUACCUUGGUGGUGCCUGGACUGCGUGCUGCAUAAUCGCUUACCUCCUAGGGAGAAUUCCAAGUGUAGCUUUUAUCUGCAUCCCAGUGAAGGCAAUUCUUUCCAGAUCCUCACACAAGGCAAACUUAGUGCUCCACGCAUACUGAGAAUCCAUAAAGUUGUCAAUUAUGUGCUAGAGAAGAUGGUUCUAGACAAACCACUUGACAAUUUGAAUCCCGAGGGAACGUUUGCUCCCGGACUUGGUGGAGGACCAUUGCAACAUUCAGCACUUGGGGAUGGAUCUUUCCGCUCUGGACCAAAACCUUGGGUGAAGUCCAGGAAUACUAUAGAGAUAUUAUGCAAUAACCAGAAAUGAGUUUAGCCACAGUGCGAGCUUACAUAUGGAAGAAGCCUGAGGAUCUGAUCCUCAACUACAGAAUUAUCCAGGGAAAGUGAUGUUAUACACAACUAUUUCCAAACAGCACAAUUUUGGGGACAAAACAUCACUUUAUAGUUUUAGAUUAGGGGGUUAGAAUUAUGAUUGCUGGAUAAUAGUGUGUAUUCAGCUUUCUUGGCUGAAGAACAAAGCUUAACUUUGUAACCGUUAUUUAAAUGUUACAGAUAUCAACUGGCUUCGAGACAAGUGAUCUUUUCCCUAUGUAAAAAUACUUGGGAAUGUAUCUACUCUUCUGGCUGCGGUUACGUUGAUAAUCAGAAACGUGGAAGACCAGACCAAUCAAAUUGCAAAAUAUGAGGCCAUUUUCAGAACUGCCUUGAAGAUUGAUGAUGGCGUUCUCUUCCGGCAAACAGGUGGCACAUAAAUUUUGAACUUUCUCUGGCCAUCUUGGGCUGUAAGGCUGGAAGGGACUGGGUUUCAGGUGGUAGAUGGUCAUUGCUGGUCUCAAUAUCCUGUAGCCAUAGAACAACAGAAUUAGUGUUCAGCUUGGUUCUUUUUUUUUUCCGGGUUGAAAUAAAUACCGGUUUUCUCCUGCUUUAUGAUUUUGUGAGAUGUUUUGGAUGGAGAAUCAGUGACUUAUGGGAGAGAUGAAGCGAGCUACAUAGAAUCAGUGUUAUUAGAGCCGAGCCGCUCGGCCCGACCGGUAAAACCGCCAUCCGGUCACAAAACCGGCUCGUAACUGUCUAAAAGCCGUUCCGGUUUUAUGUAGUGGUUGACGAGCGGUCGAGGUGGUUAACCGAUCGAGCCGAUCGAGCCGCUCGUCCGGUUUUUGCCAUUUAGCAGU